UGAGUGUUGGGAGUCGCACAGAAGAAAAAGGGUCUUGAAAGAGAGAGAGAGAGAUCGCAAAAUGGGUAUUAAGCAGAUGGCGGAAUCACUGUUGGUAGUGUUAGCAGUGUCAUCCAUGCUAGUCAUUCAUCCUUACGUAUCUGCAGAAAUUUCAUGUGCAGAAGUGACAAUUCUACUGACUCCAUGCAUACCUUAUGGGAUAUUUGGAGGGGACGUACCCCCAGCUUGCUGCCAAGGCAUUAAAGAUUCACUUGCACUUGCCAAGACCAACGAAGAUCUGAAGCUCAAGUGUCAGUGCGUCAAGGAUGGUGCUGCCAGUAUCCCUGGACUUAAUUAUACGAGAGUUAAUGAGCUUCCUGCUAAGUGUAGAACUACUUCACCAUACAUAGUUAGCCCCAACACUGACUGCUCCAAGGUACACUACUAAGGCAUUAUGCGUCAGUUUUAAGAGUUUAAUGAUGAAGUAGAAGCAGAAUAAAGCUUGAGGGAGCUGGGCUUAGCUAUCACUCUUUAAGAGCAAAAAUAGACUAAGAUUCCUUCCCUAGCUAAUAGUAACUUGUGUAUCAACAUAAUGAUAUAAUAAAAUGAAAUCGUGAUGCUAUAAAUAUUUAUAUUGAUAAAUAAUAUAAUUGUUUGUAUUUAUGGA